GCCGUGGAUAUCAGUACGCCACCCACAAGCCACCGGUCGCAACCGCACUCCGUCUAUAUCACCCCCGGCCUCGCCACCUUGGGACCAGUGCCUCUCCCUCCUCCCUCUCUCGCAACCUUUCCCCCCGUCUCGUUGGAAUCCAUGGCGUCCAAGUCCGCGGUCACCACCGCAGGUGGGCAGCUGCCCAAGGGCAAGGAGGAGUUCUCCUCCAUGGCGGACGUGUACAACCACGAGCUGACGCCGCUGCAGAAGCACGUCGCCUUCUUCGACCGCAACAAGGACGGCGUCAUCCACCCCUCCGAGACCUACGAAGGGUUCCGCGCGAUCGGGUGCGGCGUCGCGCUGUCCGCCUUCAGCGCAGUCUUCAUCAACGGACUGCUCGGUCCCAAGACCAUACCGGAGAACAUGAAGGUUGGAGCUUUCAAGUUUCCGAUCUACGUAAAGAACAUCCACAAGGGCAAGCAUGGCAGCGAUUCGGGCGUGUACGAUGCCAAUGGAAGGUUUGUUCCUGAAAAGUUUGAAGAGAUAUUCAAAAAGCAUGCUCACACCAGGCCUGAUGCCCUGACAGGCAAAGAGCUGAAUGAGUUGCUUCAAGCAAACAGGGAGCCUAACGACUUGAAAGGACGAGUGGGUGGCUUCACGGAGUGGAAAGUUCUCUACUCGCUGUGCAAAGAUAAGGAGGGAUUUCUUCACAAGGAGACUGUCAGGGCAGUCUACGAUGGCAGCCUGUUUGUGAAGUUGGAGCAAGAGAGGAAGCAAGCUAAGGAAUCUGCCAAGAAGAAAUGAUGAAAACUAUCCCAAUACCCUGUUAUUUGUGAUUGUGCGCAAGUAUGCGUAAAUUAUGGUGUGCUUGCGAGUAUGGUUCUGUAAAUUAAUGUUGUGAUUUGAUUUGGUGUGUUUGUUUGUUCUUUUAUGGAAUGAGAAUUCAAAGCCUGUUUGUCUAGAUAUCGCAGUAGUUUGCAAAUGAGGAUGUUUCCAAUUACUUAUAAUCUUAAUGUUGGUGUUUGUUUUA